GUGGAGCGAAUGCGCGAUCUCGUCACGGGUGAUAACGUUGCAGUGAAGUCCACGACCCUGACGAGCGAGGAAGGAGUGACCAGCUUCGCGAUCCGAGAGAUUGCGGCCCUGUCGUCGUGCAAGCACACCAACGUCGUCAAGCUAUUGGGUGUCCAUGCUGUGCCGCAGAGCGUGCAUCUCAUCAUGGAGCUGAUGGACAUGAACCUACGGGAGUAUAUGAGGAAGGUCCUCGAGGGAUCCUUCAAAGAGACGCUGCGCCCUGC